AUGGCCAUCGAACCAAGCAAGACAAACAAAUUCGAUGAUCUCAAACCACCACUAACAUCAUGGGUCUCAGAUACCAUCAAAUCGUUAGGCUUCCAUCAGAUGACCCCUGUUCAAGCGCAUACCAUCCCUCUAUUCUUACAAAAUAAAGAUGUCGUCGUCCAGGCAGUGACUGGAUCGGGAAAGACUCUGGCAUUCCUGAUUCCUAUCAUCGAGAGGCUUGUUCAGUUGGAACAACGCCCCAAGUCCCAUGUCGCUGCAAUAAUCAUCAGCCCAACAAGGGAAUUGGCAAGUCAGACGUUCCAAGUCUUAAAUCAAUUUCUAGAUAACCGUCCCUCCACCUCCGAUCAACCCGACUCGUCGUCAACCCCUACUGCGCCAUUUCUCAAAGCAAUGUUACUGAUCGGGGGCACUGGGGGCCGCUCGAUCAAACACGAUAUGUCUGAAUUCCAAGAGAAUGGCGCCAAUAUCCUCGUGGCUACACCUGGAAGAUUAGAAGAAUUCUUGUUCGGUUAUAGUAGUCUCACCAAGCGCAAAACCAAUGAUCUCUCCGAAAUCAAACAGAAGGUGCCAUUGAAGACCCUUGUCAACCUGAAAAGUUUGGAAGUUUUAGUACUUGAUGAAGCUGAUAGGCUACUUGACUUGGGUUUUGCCCCUGUACUUUCUAAUAUUUUGGGCAAGUUACCGAAGCAGAGAAGGACGGGUCUAUUUUCAGCGACCUUGCUAAACGACGGCUUAACUGAACUGAUCAGAGCUGGUCUACGGAACCCAGUUAAGGUGGUUGUAAAAGUCCAAACAUCAAAUCAAAACCUUCGGGAAAACGAGGCUGGUCCCGCGACUCUAAGAAACGAGUAUAUUGCCGUCCCGAAAGUCGCUUGGAAGAUGCCCCAGUUGGUUCGGUUACUCAAUCACCUCGCCUACCCAGAACCAAAGCAAAAAGCCCCUGGGGCCAGAAAAUUAAUCGUUUAUUUUGCUACUUGUGCUUGUGUAGAAUAUUUCUACAAGAUUCUUUCGGUGCUCGAUGAAUUAAAAUCAUUUUCGGUUCAUUCACUGCAUGGUCAACAAAGCCCAACUCGAAGAUCGAUGACGUUCACAGCCUUCAAGAGCUCUAAUCCGUUGUCCCCGGCCGUGUUACUCUGUACGGAUCUGGCGGCUCGAGGCUUAGAUCUUCCAGAUGUCGAUGUUGUUAUUCAGUUCGAUCCUCCGAAAGAUGUCCGCAAUUUCUUCCAUCGGAUCGGUCGCACGGCAAGGGCAGGGAAAAGUGGACGAGCAAUCGUUUUCCUUCAAUCAAAUCGAGAACUGGACUAUGUUGAUUAUCUGAAGCUCAAGAAUUUACAGUUAACAUCCCUCCCUUACAUCCGAUCGGCUUCUAGAUCGAGUCGGGCUGAAAGUGAAGGAUCCGAAAUUACUACGGAUUCAACCGCCGAUAAAUUGAUCAGUAAAAUCAAAAACAUUAUCAAAACAGAUCGUGCCUUGCACGAUCGUGGCGUCAAAGCGUUUGUUUCAUAUGUCCAGUUCUAUUCGAAACACGAGGCCUCUUACAUAUUUAAGCUAGACCAGCUUGAUCUAUUGUCGCUUGCCUUUCACGGAUUCGGAUUGAUCAAAUUGCCGAAGAUGCCGGAAUUGAAGAAAUUUCGAAGUCAACUCGAGUUAGUUACCCCCGAUGGAUUCGAGGUGGGGCAAGACGAAUUCAACUGGGCCCAAUAUUCGUAUCUGGAUCCAAUGAAGGAAGCUCAACGACAGGAGAAACACAAACAAACAGUAGAGGCGCAAAAAAUGAUCAAAGAGUCCAACCAAACCAACAGCACGUCGACCGGAUCGACUACGACGAGCAAACAAUCUAGUCAAACGACUACCCCAAUUGACAAGAAAAUCUUAGAAUUGGAACAGAAAAAGUUGCCCGAAAAGGCGGCCUGGUCUAAGAAAAUUAACGCCAAGAUCUCGAAAGAGCAAAAACGGCUGAAACGAAUCAGGGAGAAGGAAGGAGGCGGAUUCAAGAGAAGUAAUGGGGACCCGACCUUGCCCGCUACUAAUCAAGAUGACCAAGAUAAUGACGAUGAUGAUGAUGAAGAGGAGGGAGAGACGGAUUGGAAGGAACUGGUGAUGGAGAAGAAAACUCUCAAAAAAAUUAAGCUGGAAACCGAUCAACAGAAAUUGCUCGAGGGUGAUCCAAAUCAACCGGCUGUUAUUCCCUCUGCUGGAUUUGAUAAAAAUCUAGGAGAAUUUUUCCUUGGCUUGGCAUGA